AGACAGUCUUCCUUGUGGUUUCCUGGGCCUACCAGUGGGUUUCCAGACUCCCAGAGCUUCUCUGACCCCAGGAAAAUACCCUCCCACUGUCCGCAUUUACUGUGAUUCCUUUUCGCUGCGUCCCCGGUACUCUCGACGCACUUCCGGGUUGGCCGUCAGGCACCCGGAAAACA